AUGUUCGAUGGACACGGCGCGCGUCGUAACAAUAUCCAACAAGAGCAUUUAGUUUGCAACGUAAGAUCUGGACAAGAACAAGAGAGGAGAAAGAUUGAGACCAACCAAGUAGAUCCUUACACACAUUUCCACGGUGGUAUAUGCAUCGAUGGUGCUAUAUACUAUGGAAUUUCACAGUCGAGAAUAAUUAGAUUCGAGUUAUUUGGAGCACCCGAAGAAUCACACAUCUUGGGCCGGCCCUGA